AUGGGCAGGUCAAAGACGACAUCCAAGCAUCCAUGUUUUGACUCUGACCCUUUGCCCAUAUCAAACCCUGAUGUCCCUGAUGCCCUCCUGUCCAACAAAAUCCAGCCGUGUCCCGAUCAGGAGCUAUGGGAUUGGGCCCCUAACCUGACGGAAAUGCAUCCAUCUGCUCAACAAUCAAGAAAGCAAGACACGGUGAAAAGAGGGAAAGCUAAGAAGAUGUUUGGCUGGGGAGAUUUCCAGUGCAAAGUCAAAUCCACAAUCCUGAACCUGCUCAUCACAGGGAAGAUCGUGGAUCACGGCAACGGGACGUUCAGUGUUUAUUUCCGCUAUAACACCACCGGAGGAGGGAACGUCUCUGUAGGGUUGGUUCCUCCUAGUAAAGCGGUGGAGUUCGACGCAAGGGCUCGACAGACUGUUCUGCACUCAGUGGAGUCGCGGAUGUUUAACUGCAGGGUGGAACAUGAGAGGGUGGAGAGAGGAACUAAAGCUGCCCGCUGCUGGUACGAUCCAUCCCAGAGCUGCGAUCAGGACCAGACUCACAGCCAGGUCUCUUGGCUCUGCUCAAAACCAUUUAAAGUCAUCUGUGUUUACAUCUACUUCAACAGUCUGGACUACAAACUGGUGCAAAAAGUCUGUCCAGACUACAACUACCACAGUGAAUCCCCAUAUUUACCUUCUGGAUAA